ACAGAACCGCCUAGAACUACUUCCGGGGCAGCAGCUAACCCGGAAGUUGAUGCCGUCACUGGACGCCAUUCCACAUAGUUUGGAUAUGGCCAUUCUUUGAUUGCGUUAACGGUGAGGGGAGAAUGGGGAAAUGUUUAAAUAAAUCAGGUCAUUAAAACAUUAGGUAUUGGUUUUGUCCAAACGGUGUAGUUAGCUAGUCGUUACGGUUACAUAACUGUUAGCUAGGUGACGUUUCAUCAUCAGACAGAUACAUGUUUAGCUUGGUACUGUUGUCUAGCUAAUAGCUCCUGCGAACUAAUUUGAAGCUCUGCUCAAACAGAGUCGACGAAGGAGUAAAACGACGAUAGUUUUCUAUUUGGUCCUAUUUACACAGGUGACCUCACAAGGGAAUCCACAGGUGACCUCACAAGGGAUUCCACAGGUGACCUCACAAGGGAUUCCACAGAUGACCUCACAAGGGAUUCCACAGGUGACCUCACAAGCGAUUCCACAGAUGACCUCACAAGGGAUUCCACAGGUGACCUCACAAGGGAUUCCACAGGUGACCUCACAAGGGAUUCCACAGGUGACCUCACAAGGGAUUCCACAGUUCUGGUGACAGGAAGAAGAUCGGACCCUGAAAUAACUUGUCUUUGACAGAGACUCAUAAUGCAGCACUUCCCGAGGCUCCCAGUUUGGCAGGAGAUAUAGGAGACCUGUGAAUACACAGGAGAGAGACACACCUCACACUAGUGACAGCUCCAUUCAAUAGCAAGUUGUUAUUUUUAUUUAAAAACAUUUUUUUUUAACAUUCUAACUCUGCUGAGACAAAAUGAGUUCAGAGAAGGAAGGGUUGAUGGAUGAAAUCGAAAAGAGUUUAUGGAAUUUAACUGAGGACAAUUUACGCUACCUGUGUGAACGUCAUGGCAAAGAUGGAUCUGAAAUUAAAGGGAUGAAUCAUCGCUUAUUAAGGCGUAAAGUCAUGGAGGAAAUGUGGGACAAUACGGAUUCAAUGAAAUCAGAGGAGCAGGGAAUGUCUUGGUUAGUCCAACUGAAAGAGGACAUCAGGAGGACACAGGAGGAGGGUAGCAGUGCACUCAUGAGUCCCAGCCAAUCAGAUGAUGUAGACCGCAAUGAAGAACACCACAAGGGGGGCAGGGAUUGGUUGUCGAGCAACGGACUGACAGCAGAGCCCUUGCAUCCCAGCCAAUGUGAUGAUGAUGAUGAUGCUGUCGACUGCGAUGAAGAAUGGAAUGAAGAGGGAGGAGCUGGGUUGCUUAGCAACACACCAGACCAGAGUAAAUUAAAGAGGCACAUCAGAUCGCACACUGUUAAACAACACACAGUGAAUCCCUCAGUGAAACCUCACCACUGCUCGGAUUGUGGGAAGCAGUUCAUUGGAAAAUCAAGUCUUAAACAUCACCGGCUAGUGUUUCACACAGACCACCCUCACCGCUGUGGUCAAUGUAAGAAGAGCUUCAUAACUGCAGGAAGGCUGGAAUCACACAUAAAAACACGACACCCGCCAAGUGAUCCUCGGAAGAACCCACACGUGUGCUCUAAAUGCGGUAGGGCAUUCCCUGUGGCCGCCAGUCUUAAGAGACACCUGAGAACUCAUACUGGGGAGAAACCGUACGUCUGCCCCCAGUGUGGAAAGGACUACAGUGACUGUGGAAACUUGAGGAAACACACGAGAAGAACUCACCCAGUAGAGGAGAUGGUUGUGGAGAGUUUCGCCACUCAGAGGAGCAUCCCUACAGAGAAUGUGGAGGAAAUGCAGGACAAUACGGAUUCAAUUAAAUCGGAGGAGCAGGGGACAUCUUGGUCACUCCAACUGAAAGAGGACCUCAAAGGGAUACAGGAGAAUGGUAGCGUUGUACCCAUGAGUCCCGGCCAAUCCGAUGACGAUGGUGCUGAUGACGACGACGACGAUGAUGCUGCAGACUGCAACGUUAAGGACAGGGAUUGGUUGCCUAGCAACGGACUGAAGGCGGAGCCCGUGAGUCCCAGCCAAUCCGAUGACGCUGUAGACUGGGACGAGGAGGACACGGAUUGGAUGGCUAGUGAUGGGCUGGAGGUGGAGUUGUCUCCAGAGAGACACACACCAGAGCAGAGAGUGAGAGAGGACAAACCUCCCCCGCCCCCUUUGCCCUCCCAGAGUCCCGGUAGCGGUCCCCGGUGCCUCUCCCGGUAG